UUUUUUUUUUGGAUUUGUAUUUAAAAAAAUUCAUCAACUAUGCUUAAGGAAAAAGAAAAAUUACUUUGUUAUGAUAAUGUUUCAGAGUUGGAAGAAUUAUGGAAUGAAUUUCACAAAACAGAAUAUAUACAAGAUACAUUAAAGUGUCUUGAAACGAAUCAUCAAGUUUAUGAAAAUGAUACUUUAUAUAAAAUACAGAAAAAUGUAAAAGAUCAUGUUCAAACAUCACAAAAGGAAUUAUUAGAUCAAACGUACCAAAUGUUUCCACAAUUUUUUCGUUUAAUAAAAGAAAUUGAAAAUCUUGAAUGGACCUUGACAAAAACCGAACAUGAAUUAAAUUUUUUAAAAGAAGAUUUAACUAAAAUAACUGACAAUAUACAAAACUUUCAAAUAACUGCAGAUUCUUUAGAAGUAUCACAAGAAAAUCGUAUGAUUUUGGAAAACAAUUUAAAAACAUAUAUAGGACAAGUGUUAAUUAUUCCGUUAUUUAAAAAACAAUUACUCGAAGACCCUCUUGACUCAAAUUUUCUUUAUUUAUUAAAUGAUUUAAGAAAAAAAAAGGAACAAUGCUUGCAAAAAACGAUUUCAGAAUAUCCUAGCGUUCAGGAAUCAAAAGACGAAAUUAGUCAAUUAGAAAAACAUAUAAAAAAACGUUUACACCUUUUUUUUCAAUCAUUUUUAGAAAAAAUGAAUCCAUCGUCGUUACAAAAAACUCAAAAUAAUUUUAAUCCUUUAACGUUAUAUUUAAAAUAUUUGUUUUUUUUAACAAAACAUUAUCCGCAAAUGGUUGAAGACAUUCAAAAAGAUUAUAUAACUUCACGUUGUAGUCUUUAUCUGAAAAUGUUUGAAAAUUAUAUUCAAGAUUUGACCGAUGUAUUACAGUGUCAACCUUCAUCAGUAUCUUUUUUAAUGGGUCAACUAGAAACUUCCAGUGAUACAUUCUCAUUUCGUGCUUCCGCUCAAGAGGCUAUGAAGAAAAUUAUAAGUUUAAGUCCAGUAGCAGUACAAGAGCUUCAAGAUCCAAGUGUUUCCAUUACAACAAAGCAAGCGUUAACCAAUGACAAUCGUGACUCGAUCCUUGUGUCCCUAAGUUUAGGGCACCGAGAUCAUAUUCUUAGUACAUCAGAGAACCCUUUGUUUUUACAAAAAAAAUUUAGCCAACUCUUUUCUCAUACAUCGGUGUCUGAAUCAUGUGAAAACCCAGAAAUAAAACAAACGCUUAACGACACCGCGUGCAAUUUGUCUCCACGCAUCAAUAAAAAAGCUUCACCGGAAAAAAAGGACUGUAUCAUGAAUGAUGCUUAUAAUCUUCAUUAUCCGGAGGUUUUUUUCUGGUCACAUCAAAAACUCUUAACCAGUACAAUUGAGUGUGAAUAUGCAUUUUCAAAAAAAUUUUUUUUUUACGACCCCCUAUAUGUUCAAUCACUUUUCACUGAAAAAGAAUUUGCUUCAUUACAUACGACUAAUAACAAAGAAGCGGUUAUACCAGAUUCAACCUCAUCCGUUAACAUGGCUCCACCUAAUAUUAUCCUCAUUCAAGAAAUGUUGCAAACAAUUUUUCAACCAACUCUAAAAAUUCUUUUGCAUCAAGUUUCUUUAACUAUUCUCAAAUGUUAUGAUGGUAUUGGAUUAUGUCUAAUGAUACUCAUUAAUGAUAUAAAUAGAACUACCAUAUUAUAUGAUCUUCAACAAUAUUUUGAGAACUAUUUUGAUAGUUUGGACGCAAUGCUAUGGUCUCAACUAUCUGUUAAUCUAAAAAACCAUGUUGAAUCUGUAAAAACGUUCGAUAUCCAAGACUCGCUAAAAAAACUUCCGAUUCCUUUACAACACCAGUGCCAUUUCAUUUCAAAAAGAUACGCAUUGUUCACAGCGGCAUUACGUUAUUUAAAUGGAGUAGCGAUCAAAAAAAAAUUACGUUGUAUGCAUCGUAUAGAAUCGUUUUUAAAACAGUUAGAUGACAUUCUGCUGAAUUUUUUACACAUAGGCUCCCGUUUUUUUUUGGGCCAGCGGCAUACAACAGAAAACAUAUCAAAUCAAUGUACAUUUCAAUUGAAUAAUAUUCUUGGAAUUGAAGAAAUUUACCGGCAACAACAUGUUGCAGUGGAGACGCUGUCAAAAUUGCAAAUAAUUAAAACCGAAACAAUCAAACUUUAUAUUACAACUCAACUUGAAAUUAAUUUGUUACCAGUUGUAACUUUCUUACGAAACCAUCCACAUUUGACGGUAACAGCGUCUAACGUUUCAACAGUUCCAGUAUCACCACCAUCAUCGGAUUUGAGUCAAUUGUCUCUAAACGAUUUACGUGACGUGGUAUUAUAUUUUAAUUCUAAUUGGCUAAAUGCAUUAAAGUUAAUUCAUGCGCGAGUAUUUGGUCAUCUUGAAGACAAAGUCGAAGCAUGGAAGCUUUUUACUCAAGUAUUUACGGACAUUUUAGUAGACUAUUCCAAGUUAUUUAAACUUGUUUAUUCAGUCUACCCGUCACAUGUGGAACGUCAAGCUAUUCCAUGGAUUCGGAAUAUGAAGCCUAUGGAUGUUAUGGCUUAUGAACUGAAAAAAUUUUCGACUACUUUUCAAUGAUAAUAUGUAUUAAAAAAAAUUGUCUGUAGGAUUUUUAAACGUUUAUAAAAUUUUAACAAAAGCUUAUUUUAAUUCAUUUUUAGUAGAAUUUUAAAAG